CAAAGCUCUCUUUGUCUUUUCUCUCUUCCUUCUCUGAUACUUUUCAUUCUGAAUAGUUAACAGGUUCACUUUGUGUGUGUGCUAGAUUCUGAGUUCUACACGAGAUUGCCUUACAACAGCUGACCAUUCUUUCGUGGCUGGGCUCCUUCUGUGAUCUUUUUCCGGGAACCGUUAUUGGUCAAUCAAUAUUCAGGCAAUUCUGUCCCGUGCUCGAGGUGUAACGCUUUGUUUCUCUCGGUCCAACUGAUUCAUACUCGGUCGUCUUUGAAUGGUACACCUGUAAAGGACCAGGUCUUUUUCUUCGUUCGCUCUUGUCUCUGUUUUUUAUCCUGUGCUCUUCUCUUUGUUGAUCAUUUUGAAUUGUUUAGCUCAAUAGACGCUACACCAUUGCCUACCACAACAUGACGUUUACUGUCCCAGCUCAAGAUGCCGAUGCCACCACCAAGGUGGGUGCAGUUGAUGACGCCUUUCUGUACCAGUUCGGGGAGGUUGAUAAGGCGAUUGCUAACUUCACAAAGCAUCAACCUUUCAAUCACCACUAUGCACCAAAUGUCCAUAUGAACAGAGGUCGUAAUAACCACCACCACAACAAUGGUGGUAGACAGAACAGUGGUAACGGGUACAACCACAGCAAUAAUAACAACAAUAACAGCAGCAGCAGUAACAACGUCAAUAACAACAAUGGCAUGUUCCAGUCUCCUGCCAACUUUGCCAUGACAGCGCAGUUGAAACAACAACAACAUCAACAGUUCCUAAACCAGGGCUUACAGAACAUCAAUAGACUCAAGUCUUCCAAUGGGUUAUUGUCUGGUGGACCAAACCAGCAGAUGAAGACCCAUCAACUUCAACAACAACAACAGCAGCAGCAGGUAUAUAUGCCACAACAGCAAGCACCACAGCAACAACAGCAGUACUACGACAAUCGCUCAGCUUACAAUGGUAAUUCUUUGCAGGCUUCUAACUUCUACUCUGGCAAUCCUCUGGUGAACAAAUUCAGUGCUUUCCAAAACCAGAGUGCCAUUUCAACAGGAGAUAUGCUGAGUCCGUUAAGAGCCUCACCACCAGCUUUCCCAACAGGCUUUGCAAAUGAAUCCCCACAAUUUGGGUCUCCUCAAUUCAGUGCACCAUUCGACCAUCCGCUUGAGUCAACUACUUCUCUGGGGAUGAAUGGUUCUGGAUUCUUAAAUGUUACAUCUCCAAAUCAACAGGGAAGUUCUGCUGACUUGAAUGUUAACAAUAACAAAUACUCACUCGAACAGAAUAACUCUGGUUAUUUGGGGAACAUCUGGGGUGACUCCAAAUCUUUGGGAAGCUCUACGUCGGUCUGGGCGUGAACUCCCUGUUGUUGUUUGUUAGUGUUUGUGUUUUGUUUUCUUAUCCUUCUUCAUUCAUAUAGUUUCAUUGUGAAGAUGGUUGUGUUUUUAAGGCUAGAGAGGGUUCUGGAUGAUGAGUGUGUUGUUUUGGUUUGAUUGACGAUGUUGAGGGUUUCAUAUUAAUUUUAUGGGUAUAAUGUUUAGAAAUUCAAGAAGGUGACGUGUACGUGGAGGUUUAUAUGGGUGC